AUGCUUUCCCACGCCAAUGUUCUCACCGGUUGGAUCGCCGUAGGCGCCGUGACGUUCCCGUUCCUCUUCACCGCGAACGCGCCGUACGGAAAGUUCUUGUCUAAAUCGUGGGGACCGACCAUGAACGGACGCGUCGGUUGGUUUCUUCAAGAAAUCAUUUCUCCGCCGAUGCUUUGGGUCGGACUCACGCGCGGUGCGGACGUGUUUGACGAUCUCGGGGGCGGUUCGAUAGCGGACGAGAAGUACGUGAGAGUGUUGACGGUGAUCUGGUGCGCGCACUACGCCAAUAGGGCGAUAGUUUACCCGGCGACGCGGACCAUGGGGGAGACGGCUGUUGCCACGGUGGUGGCGGCGAUAGCGUUCAACGUCUUCAACGGCCUGCUCGUCGGUGCCGAGCUCGCGCACGGGUGUAAGCGACCGAGUGACUUCGUGAUAUGCGUCGGUGCAGCGACGAUGGCGAUCGGAGCGUGGAUCAACAUCUCGUGCGACGCGCGUCUCCGAGCGCUUCGAGCCGGGCGACGGUCGAAACGAGAGUACGUCAUGCCCACCGGCGGUCUCUUUGACCUCGUCGCGUGUCCACACUACCUAGGCGAGUGCAUAGAGUGGUGUGGGUUCGCUGUGCUCGCGAACUUCUCCCCAUCCACGCUUGCGUUCGCCUUCUGGACGUUCGCCAACCUCUUCCCGAGAGCCGUCGCGACCAGACGCUUCUACCGAGCGAGGUUCAAAUCCUACCCCGCGCGCGUUCGCGCCAUGAUACCGAUGCUCCUGUAA